AUGCAAGAGACGAAACUGCGGCGCUUCGCGCGCACCAAGACCGCGCUCUCCGAGUGCGAAGAGGCCGGCAUCGCCUGUGAUGCUGCGGCUCCGAUGCUGGGCAUCUCGGUUGGCUGUGACCAGAGAGACCCCUCUAGGGAGGAGGUAGAGCGGGAGGAGGCCACGAAGCACUUGGCCACUAGACUCUCCUUUUUGCCUUCGUCUCUCCGCUUCAAAGCUUUUCUGGCUUCCACCACGUUGGCCUGCAAGGCGUCGUGGGGGGCAGUCCUCUCGGGGCGGUGUCUUUCUUCCGCGGAGAAGCAGAGGUUUGGCUUUGCCUUCAGGAACGAGUGGGGCGCUUUCUGCAGUGCAGAUGCGGCCCACUACUGGAGACUGGAGGACCCGUUGCAGUCUCAGAAGAGGGCCGGUCACUUCCUCAGGACUUCGUGGCGUGUGGCUCAAUUCAACGAGUGGCUCGCGCAUCCGUCGCGCAGAGAUGCACAAGUCGCCAGGGCUGUGGGAGUGCAAGUCACUCCUGACCUGGUGGAGAGGGUCCGAAAGGUGUCGGCCUUACAGGACGGCCAUGGCCUUUCAGUGAUGUGCGGCGGCUUUUCGACCGACGCUCGAUGGCCCGCCUCGGAUGGGGCCCUGCUGCUUCUCGUACUGAGGCGCUCUUCGUGGAGCGGCUACGCAAGACACCACGAUGUCUUGGACGAUGCACUGCCGGCGGAGCCGGAGGGUGGCUGCGGUGGCUUCGCUGCCGACGAGUAG